AUGCCCCGGAAGCUGCUUUUGAAUCCCUUCUCGAACACCGUCAGCAUGCCACAGGAUAGAAAAGCCUCUCAGCCCAAAGGCAACCGCUUCACCCAACUCUUCUCCGCCAGACCCAAAGAGCCCUCGUCUGCCCAGCAGGCGCUUGCCCUGGCGAUGCAACAACAACAUGCCAACAAUGCCUCGUCCCUCUCGGAUGCCAGGGAAAUAACGGUCACUCGGUUGGACGAGAAGCCUGCGGGCGUUCUCCACCCACAAUCGAGCCCUGAACAGGGCAUUACAAGCCGCGCCGAAGCUGAAUUCGGCCCUCUGUUGUCGCAGUCGCACCGCUACGUCAGCAAGCACCAGGGCGAACCCCUCGAGACUCCCGUCCUGGACGAGCCUCCAUACUACUAUGUUCUCACAACAUACAUAAGCUACCUCGUGCUUAUUCUUGUUGGUCACAUCCGUGACUUUUUCGGCAAGCGACUGGGUGACCCUAAACAUUAUGCUUCACUCAAGGCCGCCAACGGCUAUGCCCCGCUCAACGAAGACUUUGAUAACUUCUACGUUCGACGACUCAAGAUGCGUCUGGAUGACUGCUUUGCCCGCCCGACUGUCGGCGUGCCCGGUCGCUACAUCACGCUCAUGGACCGCACUUCGGAUGACUUCAAUCGUACCUAUAAAUACACUGGCACUCACACUGAGACCCUCAACAUGAGCUCCUACAACUACCUGGGUUUCGCCCAGUCGGAAGGAACCUGCGCUGACGCCGUCGAGGAGUGUGUCAAGAGGUAUGGUCUUAGCUUCUGCAGCCCUCGAAAUGACGGUGGGACUUCGGACCUCGCUCUUGAGGUCGAACGUGAGGUGGCCGACUUUGUCGGCAAGCCUGCUGCCAUGGUUUUCCCCAUGGGUUUUGUAACAAACGCCAGCUCAUUCCCCGCUCUGGUCUCCAAAGGCUGCUUGAUUAUCUCAGACGAGCUGAACCAUGCUUCCAUCCGUAUCGGUGCACGUGUCUCGGGUGCCGUCAUCCGGUCGUUCCGCCACAACGACAUGGAAGACCUCGAGAGCAAGCUUCGUGAUGCCAUCUCCCAAGGACAACCGAGGACGCACAGGCCGUGGAAGAAGAUCUUGGUGGCCAUUGAGGGUCUGUACUCUAUGGAGGGCACCAUGUGCGACCUGCCCGGCGUCAUUGAGCUCAAGCACAAGUACAAGUUCUUCCUCUUCGUCGACGAAGCCCACAGUAUCGGUGCUCUUGGCCCUCGAGGCCGUGGUGUUUGCGAUUACUUCGGCAUUGAUCCCGCCGAGGUGGACAUCCUCAUGGGUACCCUCACCAAAUCAUUCGGCGCCAACGGUGGUUACAUUGCCGCCGAGAAACACAUCAUCGACAAACUUCGCGCUACAAACAAUGCCACCAUUCUUGGAGAGUCUCCUACUCCCUGCGUUCUCAUGCAAAUUCUCGCUUCCCUCAAGCUCAUCACUGGCGAGCUGAACCCUGGGCAAGGCGAGGAGAGACUUCAGCGCAUUGCAUUCAACUCUCGUUAUCUCAGGUUGGGACUUAAACGUCUCGGCUUCAUCAUAUAUGGACACGACGAUUCACCAAUCAUCCCCCUCAUGCUUUACCACCCGGCUAAGAUGCCUGCCUUCAGCCACGAAAUGCUCAAGCGCAAGAUUUCGGUUGUCGUCGUUGGAUACCCCGCAACCCCUCUGAUCAGCUCCCGCGCUCGUUUCUGCGUUUCGUCAGCUCACAACAAGGACGACCUUGACAGGCUGCUAGCUGCUUGUGACGAGAUCGGUGACAUUCUGCAGCUCAAGUUCUCCAGUGGUAUCGCCGGUGGUCUUGACCCUCUCCCAGAAGGAGUCACGCCGGAGACGGAGGAUGAGUGGCGCAAGGCGAAUGGUCUCGAGGGAGUCAUCAAAGCCCCAAGGUGGAAGCUUGAGGAUGUCAUAGCUCGCGGCGCUGAAGACACCCAGCAGAGGCUGCGUUAA